CGAAACCGAAAGGAAACAAUGAAACUUCCUGAUAUUACUAAGUUUUUAUAGGAGAUUACUUUUCUCGAUCAUAUGGAAACGUUUCAAGAUUGUACUCACAUGAAACCGAGAUACCUCUGUUAAAAAUUCGAGUGGAUUCUCAUUCCCUGAAACGAUUUAAAUGGACGUUUGAUCUAGUGAUGUCAAAAUUCAAUUUGAUGGACAUUUUUUAAUGUGUGAAUGAUCAUCUCGUGACUUUCUGGUCUUCACUAUCGAUGGUCGAGAACGAUGUCGGAAAAGAAAGACAUUACCAAGUUGAGUAAGGCUGAACUGGUUGAGAUGUUGCAAAGGCAGGAGAAGCUGCUUCUCAAUAGGACGUUUAUCAACUCUCUUCCAGACAAAGGCGAUAAGAUACAUAAGCUAGUGGGAAAACUCAAAGAGCAAAUUGCCUUACGAGAACAAGCAGAUGACCUGUCCAACAGGUUUAACAGAAUUUCUUUAGCACAAAGCAGGAAUGCAAGCCAAAAAGUUGAAUUAGACAGUGAUGAUGAUGAAAACUGUAAUGAUGAUGAUAAGGAUGAUGAUAAUGCCAUGGUUGUCAAUGAAAAGGGAGCUUUAGCUGCACCUACUCAGGACACAGUCGAGGAAGAAUCCAGUAAAGAAAACACUCCAAAGAAACAGUCGUCAGGAAAAUGGGCUUAUGAUUCAGCUGUAACCCAUGUCAAACCACAUGCCUUUGAGAAAGCCAAAGUUCUUUCUUUGGAUGAAUCCAGAGAACUGCAACUAAAGCAGAAAGAAGAAUAUGAGGCUUUGAAAGCAAAACAUGCAGCAGAGAAGCUGUUUGAACACAUCGACAGGUCUUCAAUUCAGACUUUUUCUACUAGUUAUGAGUUCAGUAGCAUGGAGGCCAAAAUGAAAUACAGAGAAGAUGAUGAGGAAAACGUACAAGAAAAUGAAGAGGACAGUGAAUCUGAAGCCAAGUUAUAUGAACAAGAACACAGUGAUGAGGACUAAUAUUCGUUUGUAAAAAUAUAGCACUAGACAAGAUAUUUUUUGAAAGAUGGUUAAUUAGAAAUAAGCCAUGUGGGGAAAGGGAGAAGCUGGAGAUAAAUAAAUUGUAAAUGGAAA